GUUGGACACUCCGAGUUCUUCGAGUUGAAUGAAAGAAAAUCUCCAUAGGACUCCAUUAUCAAAACAAAAGAUGGAAAAUCGUUUUCGUAAUACCGAAGAAUUACUGAAAUGCACUAUAGUGGAAUAUAAAAAUAAGAUUCUACAAGAUGAAGUAAUGAAAUUGUUAAUGGAAAUAACGAGCCUAAGUUUAAAUGUAAAGGAAAUUUUAGAAGAAAUUACUCAGACAAAUGUGGAUGCCCGACAAUUACUUGAAGACCAAUCAUUUAUAAAGUUGGAAUUGCAAGAAAUAAUAUAUGAUCUUGAUGAGAUAUUUUCAAGAAUACAAAUAUUGGGGUCUGUGUUGGACACUCCGAGUUCUUCGAGUUGA